AUGAUUGGUCUGCUAAUUAUGGGAUUUAUCGACGCCGUUGUUCUAGACGAACUUCUCCGUGAAAUCGUCGAUAUAUCAAUGUCAGAUCUUCGUCAUCGUCUUCAAGAAGCCGUUUUCGCCACGUCAUUCCGUCGGAAACUUCUCGAACAACAUCACGCCACGUCUUCUGAUAAAAAUCUCGAAAAACUUCUCGACGACUACAUUAAACCCCAAAAAUUGUCCCUAUCUCUGGAGACGUUCACUCAGAAGCCCAAAACUACAGCAAUCCCUAUCCAACUGGUCACUGCUGACGACGUGGCAAUUUCAGAAUCGGGAAGGCUCUUCAAAGAUGACGUGGAGUAUUCAGAAGGGUUCUUGACUUCCAAACUGCCACGUGUACCUGCCUACGUGGCGGUUACUGUAGUCGUUAUGGCCGUUUUGACCUUUUUCCUUCUCAUCGGGACCAUCAUCUAUUUUUUGGCAUCAAAAUCCAGAAGGUCUACCAAAAAUCUGAAAACUCUCCCACGUGGAAUUCUGAAUCCCGAUCCGCUGAGUGUUCAAGGUAAGAAAGAGGGUGGAGUGUAG